AUGUCACAGCACUGGCAACAGCAGCUGCUCAAAUACGACAUGGUCCGCGCAUCCCGUUCACCACACCACCGUGCACGGCAGAAUGCGAUUGCGUCACGACCAACGGCCAAAUCGGCGAUCACCAUAACAGAUCCAAAUCGUGUCAAGACACCCGCCGCCGAUGGUAAGGAAGAUGGAUCGACUUCGGACAGUGGUGAAGGGACGCCAGAGAACCAUCCUUCGUCGACAACUGCGCCCGUUGCGCCUGCAGCUCGGCAAUCGGAUACGCAAAAUCAGGACAGUUCCUGGCACGCGCUGGACUUGGGUGGAAUAAACCUCAAGAACCUCCCGCGAACAUCGGGGCUGUGGUCUUUCGCCUUUCUGGAGAACCUUUUCCUCAAUCAUAAUGCCCUGCAGUCCAUCCCACCGGGAAUUGCACGUCUCAAGAACCUUAAGCUGUUGGAUCUGUCUGGGAAUUUAUUGCAGACCCUUCCACCGGAGCUUGGUAUGGUGACCACACUCAAAGAGUUGUACCUCUUUGAUAAUCAUCUCGUGUCACUCCCGUACGAACUCGGGACGCUGCAUCAGUUACAGACGAUUGGUAUUGAGGGAAACCCGCUGGCUCAUGAGUUGAAAGAAAUUGUGCAACGUGAAGGUACGCCCGCGCUCAUCGCAUAUCUUCGGGAUAACGCGCCGGUUCCGGAGCCGCCACCUCAACGAAUUUGGAGGAGUAUGCAAUCCGAAAUGGAGCGACAGGCGCAGGAGGCAGAUCCGUACAAUGAGUCUUUGACCGUGCUGUGCUACAAUAUCCUUUGUGAAAGGGCUGCAACGGAACGUUUGUAUGGGUAUACGCCAAAGCAUGCGCUGAUGUGGUCAGCACGGAAAAAUCUCAUCCUCGACGAGGUCAAGCACUACAAUUCGGAUUUCAUUUGCCUGCAGGAAGUUGAUGUGGCGCAGUAUGAGGAUACGUUCUUGCAUCACCUCUCGGAGCAAGGUUAUGAAGGAGUUUUCUGGCCAAAGUCGAGAGCGAACACGAUGGACGAAUCACAGAGACGGUUAGUAGAUGGCUGUGCGACGUUCUUCAAGUCGGCCAAAUACAAUCUCGUGGAGAAACAGCUUAUCGAGUUUCGUCGUGUGGCUAUGCAGAGGGCAGACUUCAAGAAAACGGAUGACAUGUUCAAUCGCGUAUUUCUACGGGAUAACAUUGCCGUCGCGACGCUAGUCGAGAACAAGGCAACCGGAUCUAGACUCAUUGUCGUCAAUGUACAUAUUCACUGGGAUGCGCAGCAGGCCGAUGUGAAGCUUGUACAAACUGCUCUGUUAGUUGACGAAGUCGACAAAAUCGCGAGCCGUUUUGCUCGUUAUCCGCCUCCUCCACCGAAACCCAAUACUGACGAGACUCCAUCGCGACCGCCGCCCGUGUAUACCGACGGUACGAAGAUCCCGAUCAUCAUUUGUGGCGACUUCAACUCCAUACCGGAGAGUGGUGUGUAUGAGUUCCUUUCGAAUGGAACGGUCCCUUCAGACCACCCAGAUUUCUUGUCCCGCAUCUACGGUAAUUACACGUCGGAGGGUCUCCGCCAUCGUCUUGGGUUACGAAGCGCGUACUCCGGAAUCGGGGAACUGCCGAUGACGAACUACACACCGAGCUUCCAGGGUUCAAUUGACUACAUAUGGUACACGGCAAACAACCUGACUGUCACGUCGCUCCUUGGCGAGAUAGAUAAGGAUUAUUUGUCGAAGGUGGUUGGGUUCCCGAAUGUUCACUUCCCAUCCGACCAUGUGGCCAUUCUAAGCGAGUUCCGUGUCAAACUUCCAAAAGACACACCUUCGCACCAACCUACUUUCCCAUCGAACCGAACGUCAUCGUCAUCCUGA